AUGCGCAGUCACGAGCUAUUACCGGUCUCUAGUUCAAAUAAACGCAGAGAUAUGAGACUGGCAUUGCAUGCAGCCUCCACAGGGGCAGAUGAGGACUAUGCUGCGGCUGCUGCUGAUGAUGAUGAUGAUGAUGACGACCACCUUCACCUGACAGCUCUACGUGUUUAUAGAUCAGUGAUUAAUGUCAAUGUGACCGGAGUCCGCCAUUCCGUUACUACCGCGGCGCACGCGUCUGCAGAGCGUCUACGUCAGAGGCGCACGGUCUAUAGUCUGGAGCAGGAGCAGGAGCUCUGUCCCCACGGGUCACUUCUGGGAUACAUCCCUCCUCCCUGUAAGAAACGCAAAUGGCUGAAGAAAUACAAACCAAAAUUGAGAACUACCGCACGGCGCCUUUUGACGCCAGAUUCCCAAACCAGAACCAAACUAGGAACUGCUGGUCCAACUAUCUCGACUUCCACAGAUGUGAGAAGGCUUUGGAGGCUAAAGGGGCGGACACUGCCCCGUGCGACUGGUACAAGAGGGUCUACACGUCGCUCUGCCCUGGAUCCUGGGUGCAGAAAUGGGAGGAGCAGAAGGAGGAAGGGAACUUUCCAGGGAAGAUCUAGGACGCCGUCUUUCCCAACUUCGUUGUUCAUUCCUCACAAAAGCGUUGAAAUAUACAGCACUGAAUAA